CAAACAAAAAACAAGAAAUCACAAAUCCCAAAAGCACACUCACAAAUCGAGAAGUGUCUUCAAAUGAGUGCAAAGAAUCGCACACGUAACCUUUAAAAUUUAUAUUCAAUUCUUACGCAAUACUAUAUAAAUAAAUAUAUAUAUUUGAUAUCAAGCGAACACACCGAGUUAGAGACAGAGACAGAGGUACCGAUUGAGAGGCAGAGGCAGUGCAUCAUUAUUGACCAUGUUGCCGAAUUUGAAGACGCGUCGCAUAACGGGCCUGCAGCUGGCUGGCAAACAUUUGGGUCCGGUGGCUAAGUGCCCGCCUCGAUACUCGGAGGAGGAUUGGGAUUAUAAUAACAAGAUCAAGUUUCGCAUCACCUGCGAUCAGGAGAAACUCGCCGAGCGUAUUGUCGAGGAGUCGCGUCGCGUGGUGGAUGAGACGAAGGACACCACCAAGAAUUGGCAGCGCGAGGUCGAGCAUCAUAUGCGCGAGCGUACCAGCGAGAUUCGAUUCCUGGUCGACGAACUAAAUCGUCAGAAGAAGACGGCCGCUCUGGAGGAUGAGACACUGAACACUUAUCGCAAUCGUGUCCUCAGCGCCAUUGACUUCCUCAAAGAGAAGUCACUGGCCAUAUGCAAGCAGUGCAUGAUUCUGCGCGAGGGACGCAUCGGCGUCGAUCUGUGCGAUGAUGAGGUGGAUCGGUCGCUGCGUCGCGAACUGAAGGUCAUUAAGGGAUGUCAGGGAUUGGCCGAUGCGGCACUGAAGGAGGCCGAGGAGCAGAUUCGCAAAUUGCGUGCAGCCAUGUUUUUGCUGGAUCAGGAUCUGGCAGCCAAGGACAAAUCGCUGGCCAUUGACGAGAAGAAUCUCAAGCUGAAGGACUUCCAGCAUGACCUUGGCAAGGGUCAGGAUUUGUCCAAGCAGCACUGUCAAUUCUCGCUUACCGAGUGGCAAGCGCAGACGUAUGAGAAUCUGGAGGCUAACGCCAAGGCUCUGGUGUCCGCUGGACAGCUGCGCGCCUACAUCGACCUGCUUCUGAAGCAGAUCUGCGAGGACAUGCAGAAUCAGACGGAUCGCACCAAUGAGGCGUUCGAUCGGCGCAUCGCGGAGACGAAGCACGUGAAGCAGUGCCUGGAGAACAAGCACAAGGACACCAUGGAUCACAUCCAUCAAGUGCAGCGCAACAUGAACGAACUGGAGCGCGAGAUGUGCGACAAGCAGCGAGCGAUCACUCUAUGCCAGACGCGUCUCAGCAAUCGUGCCCAUCGUCCCGGGCUUGAGCUAACCUGUGACAUGGUCCAGGAUGCUCUAUACAAUGAGCUGCAGGCCUUGAAGGCAUCCGUGUGCAAACUGAAUCAGAAGCUCAAUGAGAACAAGGCAUCCAUGCGGUAUCUGAUGCAUGUCCAGGUCAUGCAGGAGGAGGAGAUCAACAUCAAGGCGAACACUUGCAAGAUUGACGAGGUCGACUGCAUGACCUUGCGCCAGGCACUCAAAUACUCAUCGUUCUAGUCGCAAUCCUCAUCCAGUUCGAGUGCAUUCCACUCCAUCCACUACUAAUUGAUCUCCAUUACACACACGCUCUCUCAACUAAAAACAAAUCAAAACAACUUAAUCAAAUUAAAUUACAUGUGCAUAGAUCGCCUCGUUCAAUUCAACCAAAUUGUCAAAAUGUACAUGUUCAAUAAAUUUAAACUCACUUCCAGUUCGAAUUAUGCAAACAA